AUGACUGUAGGUGACUUUGGCCUUAUUGGUCUUGCUGUUAUGGGUCAAAACCUUAUUCUUAACAUAGCCGACCACGGAUUCACAGUCGUUGCAUAUAACAGAACUGUUGCAAAAGUAGAUCAUUUCUUAGCAAAUGAAGCUAAAGGAAAAAGUAUUAUCGGUGCUAGUUCCAUUCAAGAUCUUGCCCAAAAAUUAAAAAAGCCACGAAAAGUCAUGCUUUUGGUUAAAGCUGGUCAAGCUGUUGACGAUUUUAUUGAUCAAUUACUUCCUUAUCUUGACAAAGAUGAUAUUAUUAUUGAUGGUGGUAAUUCGCAUUAUCCAGACACUAUUCGUAGAUGUAAAUACUUGGAAGAAAAAGGUUUAUUGUUUGUUGGUUGCGGUGUAUCUGGCGGUGAGGAUGGUGCUCGUUAUGGUCCAUCUCUUAUGCCUGGAGGUUCUAAAGCUGCAUGGAAACAUUUACAACCAAUAUUUCAAUCUAUAGCAGCCAAGGCUGAUAACGAACCAUGUUGUGAUUGGGUUGGUGAAUCUGGUGCAGGUCAUUAUGUUAAAAUGGUUCAUAAUGGUAUCGAGUAUGGUGAUAUGCAACUUAUUUGUGAAGCAUAUCAUUUGAUGAAGGAAGGAGUUGGUCUCACAAAUGAUCAAAUUGGUGAUGUGUUUGAAGAGUGGAAUAAGGGUGAAUUAGAUUCAUUUUUGAUUGAAAUCACUAGAGAUAUCGUGAGAUAUAAAGACACUGAUGGUACUCCCCUAGUAGAAAAAAUUAGGGAUACUGCAGGCCAAAAAGGUACUGGCAAAUGGACAGCAAUAAAUGCGCUCGAUCUUGGAAUGCCACUUACACUUAUAGGCGAAGCUGUAUUUGCUCGUGCACUUUCAGCUUUGAAGAGUGAACGUGUACGUGCAAGUAAAAUUUUAAAAGGUCCUGAACGUGUGGCUUUCACUGGUGAUAAAAAAGACUUCAUUAAACAAAUAGGCCAAGCUUUAUAUGCUUCCAAAUUGAUUUCAUAUGCUCAAGGCUUUAUGCUUAUGCGUGAAGCUGCUAAAGAAUACAAGUGGGAUUUAAAUUAUGCUGGUAUUGCUUUGAUGUGGCGUGGUGGUUGCAUUAUUCGUAGUGCUUUCUUAGGUGAUAUUAAAAAUGCAUAUACCAAUAAUCCAAAUCUUGAAAAUCUUCUUUUCGAUCCAUUCUUUAGGGAUGCUAUUGAAAAAGCACAACAUUCAUGGCGUAAAGUAAUUUCAGAAACAGUUCUACUUGGUAUUCCUACUCCCGCAUUUGCAUCAGCACUUUCAUUUUAUGAUGGUUAUAGACAUGAAAAACUGCCUGCUGGUCUUCUUCAAGGAAUGCGCGAUUAUUUCGGUGCUCAUACAUUCAGAUAUCUUGAUGAAUAUACCGAUGAAAAUCAUCCUAAAGAUCAAGAUGUUCAUGUUAAUUGGACUGGUCAUGGUGGAGCUGUUAGCGCUUCCUCUUAUCUUGCCUAA